AUGGACGACUCGGAGUGGGCCUCGCAGUACCGCCAGCCGCACGCCGUGACGUCGCCCACGCGGCCGACGCCAUCGCGCGCCGGUGCGUCCGGCCUGCGUGCGGCGCCGAGCGCCCCGCCGGCGCAUGGCGUGCGGCGCCUCUGGGCCUGGGUGCCGGCGUCGAUACCCAUCCGCCUCUUUCUGCUCGUCACGCUGCUCGAGUCGGGCGUCGACAUUGCCAUCGAGGUGGUGCUGCUCUCGCGCUUCCGCACGCAGGAGGGCGGCAUCCUCGGCUCCAACUUCGAGGGCGUGCAGCCGGCGCUGCCCGUCUUUGUGAUGGUGUUCUGCCUGGCGCACGUCUACCAGUGCGCGCUGGCCGUCGACGCCGUCAUCAACCGCAACACCAUUCUGAUCUUCGGCCUUGUCAUCUUCAACAUUGCAUUCUUUGUCUACUCUGUGAUCCAAAUAUCGGAGAUCCGCCUCGUGCUGGGCACCGGCGUGGCGGAGGGCACCGGGCAGCAUGUGCCUGUCCAGGUGCUCACCGCGCUGAUCCCGGCGGUGAUCGGCGUGUCAAGCGCCAUCUUCUCCGUGCUGAGCUGGUGGAUCUACCGCGACUUUGGCUGGGACGUGUACCGCUCCAUCGUCGGUGCCGACCGCGACCUCAAGCGCGCGCACAUGCACUACCAGGUCUUCGUCGCUCUGCUCAAGGCCGACUUCUUCGUCUUCAUCGCGUACUGCCUGCAACUCGUCCUCAUCGUGCUGCAAGGGCACAAUGCCGAGUAUUGGCUCACCGUCGUCGCCGCGCCAUUCGCGCUCAUCAUCCUCGGCUUCGCAUGGUACUCGGUGCGGCGCGAGCUCAGGUAUGGCAUGAUGGCCUUCAUGACGCUGCUGCUAGGCGCGGGCGCCUACUUCUGCUACAAGCUGUAUCGCAUCUGGGCGGAGCACGAGCAGGCCUACUCGGAGGUCUACAAGUCCCUGACGGUCUUCUCCGUGCUCGCCAUCGCCCUCGUGCUCGCCACAAUGUGGUUCUCCGUGCGCUGCCUGCUCAACUUCGACCGCGGGCUCAAGGCCGCGAUGGACCGGGCGCACGCCGAGCGCGCACAGAUCAAGCGCAACGAGCGCUCGACGCGCGCGGGCGGCGCCGGCGGCGUCGACGGCAUCCCGAUGGAGUACGACGGCAAGGGCAUGCUGCCGCUCGGGAGCGCCAGCACGCUGAACCUGCCGGGCAACCGACUCAGUCUGGACUAGGCGGCGCGCGCUGCUGCUGUGCAGCAACGGUCUCGCGCUCGUGUCUCCCCAUAAUGUGAUCCUCCUAGUGACGCUCAGCU